UUGACAUUUACAAACCCUAAAUGUCAGCUGUCAAUCCUCUGCUUCUGCACCUGCUUCCAUCAUCAAAAACAAAAAUGUUUUGCGUCUGAAAAAAUAACUUGAGUGGAAAAAAUAAACAAUAUCGAAUUGGGGGUUUUCAACAUAACUGUGAUAACAACCCAACAUGCUGCCCGGAAUUGGCGUAUUUGGAACUGGAGCUGUGGCAAAAGUCCUUGUGCCCCUGCUGCGAGAAAAAGGCUUCCAAAUCAAUGCAAUCUGGGGUCGAACGUUAAAAGAUGCCGAAGAAACAGCCCGCGAACAAAAAAUACCCUUUUUCACAAACAAAAUCGACGAUGUGCUCCUCAAGAAAGAAGUUGACUUGGUUUUCAUCAUAUGCCAACCUUAUCUCCACUCGGAAAUAUCUGUCAAGGCUCUGGGCAUAGGGAAACAUGUUGUUUGUGACAAACCAAUGGGUCUGAGCCAAGCGGACGCAAUCAAAAUGGUUCGAGCCUCCCAAUACUACCCAACGCUCAUCACUCUGGUCAACCAUUCCCUGAGGUUUCUGCCAGCAGUGACUCAUUUGAAACGUGCUCUCCAUGAGGAAGUGAUUGGACCAAUUCAAAACAUCACAUUGAUUGACGUUCGAGUGCAGAUGGGAUCGCUGUUUCCCGACAAAUUCGAUUGGAUGUGCGACGCAGCCAUGGGCGGCGGGGCUUUAAAUCUUGUCGGAAGCCAUGUCGUCGAUUUGGUGAGUUUUUUACUUAAUCAAAGAGCAAUAAGAGUGCAUGGCCUGGUCAAGGCCUACACAAAAACUACUGCGGCGGUGAAUGGCAUUCGCCAGAUAUCUGCUCCAGAUUUCUGCAACUUCCAAAUGGAACUCGAAGGAGGGACUCUGGUGACGGCGACUCUGCACAGUCAUAUGAUGGCUGCGAAUUCAUUCGUCCAAGAGAUCAUGGUUUGCGGGAAGAAUGGGCACUUAGUGGUGCGAGGCGGAGACCUAUUUGCCCUCAGAGCGAAGGAGGACAAACAGGUCAAAGAGGAAGCUAUCUAUGUUGACGUUCAGGAUCUGCAUUUCUCGACUUCAGACACCCACCUACCCAAGCCCUACAUCAAGGGACUUUGUAAGAUGGUGGGAGCUUUGAAGGAGGCUUUCGCCCAAAAAGACUCUUCGUGGGUCAAGGAGCCCGUCCAAGUUGCUGCAACCUUCGAGGAUGGCCUCUAUGUUCAAGCAGUAUUGGAGGCCAUACGCAAGUCGAGCGACAGUCGUACCUGGCAACGGGUAGUCAUAAGCUCAGACUCGCCCACAAACCAUGACAAAAUCAUGCGAUUCGCACGGAUGGCUGCAAUGUAGAAAAACAACCGAGAAGAAGACACAUCAAAGCACGAAAGACUGCUCAAGGUGAAGGCGUUUUCUAAAAACUAAUUUAUUUUCAUUGCAAAUACACACACCCUAGACUUAGACGUAUAUAAAAAUAAAAAAUAAAUAGUUUUAAGCUUCAACAAGAA